AUGGUACUUAUAGCUGCAACAGUAUGCACGAAGUCGGGGAAAGCGCUCGUUUCUCGUCAAUUCGUUGAAAUGACGAAAGCACGUAUAGAAGGGCUCCUGGCUGCCUUUCCUAAAUUAAUGACAGGCGGCCGUCAGCAUACUUUUAUAGAGACAGAGUCUGUACGAUAUGUCUACCAGCCCUUGGACAAGCUCUACAUGUUGUUAAUAACUACAAAGGCGAGUAACAUUCUAGAAGACCUGGAAACACUGAGACUCUUCAGUAGAGUGGUGCCAGAAUAUUGCACCCAAUUGACAGAAGCUGAAGUUUUGAACCAGGCAUUCAAUCUGCUGUUUGCUUUCGACGAAAUUGUCGCUCUCGGUUACAGGGAGAGUGUUAAUUUGGCUCAGGUGCGCUCUUUCGUCGAGAUGGAUUCACAUGAGGAGAAGAUCUAUCAAGCUGUGAGACAGACUCAAGAGCGCGAAGCUGCUAAUAGAAUGAGGGAACGCGCUAAAGAAUUACAGAGAGAAAGGCUUGAAGCGGCUAAGAGAGGACAGCCACCAAGAUCAUCCGGUUUUGGUAGCGGUUUUGGUAGUUCGUCCCUACCACAAACAACUCCGGCUGAACCGACGACAGAGAAAAUACCAACAACACCUGUCAGAGAAACUCGUACAACAACCCGUUCAGCUAUGAAGCUCGGAUCUCGCGGUACAGACACGGAGAGCUUCGUGUCUCGUCUAAGAAGCGAGGGGGAUGUGGCCGCUGCACCCGUCAAGAUAGAGAAGACUGUUGUUACUACUAAUAACAAGGAUGUUCAUUUGAGAUUUGAAGAGAGAUUGAAUCUGGUGGCCGGCAGAGAUGGGGAUAUACAGAGCUUUGAACUUUCAGGCUUGCUCACUCUGCGUAUAUCAAACGAACAGUUUGGUAAGAUACAAGUUCACGUUGACAACAAAGACACAAGGCCUCUACAAUUACAGACUCAUCCUAAUGUGGACAAAGAACAUUUCCGUACAUCGGGUGUGGUCCGUCUGAAGGCUGCUCAGCGCGCCUUCCCCGUCAACAGCGACGUCGGUGUACUCAAGUGGCGCCUCGCUAACACUGGGGACACACCACAACCACUCUCAGUCAACUGCUGGCCGUCAGAGGGCGCCAACGGUACUUGUGAUGUCAACAUUGAAUAUGAAUUGGAACAAGAACAUUUGGUGCUGGCCGAUGUUAAUAUUAAUAUACCUCUACCCGCUGGCAACACAACACUAGUGGUUCAUCAAUGGGAGGGAAGUUACACACAGAAAGGUAAAAUGUUGGUGUGGAAUAUUCCGCUGAUUAAUAAACAACAGAAGUCUGGCACGCUGGAGUUUACUGUCACUCCCGCCAUUCGCAAUGACUUUUUCCCGCUAUCUGUCACUUGGACUUCUGAAACGCCUCUCGCUAUGUUGACGGCUACAAAAGUUACAACAGCCGAAGAAGGGAAUAAUGUAGAUUUCUCACAGGAAAUAUCAUUCCAUCCUGAUAAAUAUGAAAUUGUAUAA